CAUAUCAGGCUCUUACAAUGCUUAUAUCACACCACUGAACGCGUUCGCGCGCAUUUCAACCGUCGAACACGCCUCAAUCUCAACCCCCUCUCCGGUUAAGGGGGGAGAAGAACCAACAAAACCAUGAGGUCUUCCCUCCGCACCACCCUCCUCCUCCUCCCCGCCAUCUUCCUCUUCGCCACGAGCGUCAUCCUCUUCACCCUCGAGCGCAUAUCCAGCCGAAUCCUCGUUUCCAAGUACCUCCAUACCCGGAACUACAUAUCCAAAAACUACAUGACCUUUUACGGUCCGCGCCGGGACUCGGAUUUCGGAAACGUGGAGAAAUAUGACUACAUAGAUGUUUAUAUCGCCGAAAACAAGGGGCCGACAAUCGCCUAUAUCUUUCUCUCUCUUGCCGGCUUCCUUGCUGCUAUAAUCGGGGCAUGUGGGGUUUGGGAGUUGAGGAGGGUGGAGGGGACGAUGGGGCAUCAGAGGCUUUGGGCGUGGUUUGUGCUUGCGGUGCAAGGUGUCGUUUUCCCAUGCGUUGUUGUGGUGCUUGCGUGGGCGAGCGUGCUGCAGGGGAAUGAUGGAUGGAAGGGGUACGAGGAUGUGAGUAGGGAGGGAGUGGUGCAGGGGUAUACAAGGGAGACGUGGUUCUGUCAGAUUGACAGGCUUUUUGGGGAGCAAGACUGGGCGGGGACGGGGUGUGGUGUUGCGAAAGCGACAAGAUUCAUCCUUAUCCCCCUGGCGCUUUCAGCGUUGCUGGUAAUGGUGGCUAUUUACGUCUUAGUUCGCAAACGAGGCGGCCUUAGGUGGUUGUUUGGCGGUAAGGGGAGAUAUGCUGCGUUCCAGAGCGUCUAUGAGAUGCAGCCAACGAUGAUGCCGGUUCCCAAGUAUCCGCAUACGCCCACGGAACCGACAUAUAGAUGAUGAAGAAGUGAUACCCUGAUACUCCAUAAUAUAAUACCUAACCUAGUCUUCCAGAGACAAAUUUCGAGAAACUUGUCCCAGAAACACCUGGUCGCUUCCACGUCCUAAUUCGCUAAAUACGGCAGAUUACAGACUCCUCGAUGCUGGGAGGCAGGCAGUGGAAGAACCAUUCUAAGUCUUCCUCCACAUCACCAAAAAGCACAACACCACCAGGACAAUCGACAGCGCC